AAAAAUGAAGUGAAUUUCUCUCCCGACAAAGGAACAAGUGCAUUCUCAUAUUGGGCCGUUAGAGUGAAGCUGAAGUUUGGGCCAAAACCAUGGGCCGGGCCGCAAACGAGAGGGGAGGUCAGCGCUCAGCGGCGGCAACCUGCCCAGCACCACCCCACCACGGCUGCACGGCAGCAGCAGUCGCAGUCCAAGGCAGCACUGAACGGUGGCGGGGGAAAAUAGGGUGGAGGAGGAGGAGAAAGGCGGCUGCUUUCGGUGUCCCCGAACCACCCCUCGCCCCCACUGGCGGCGGCACUGGCAGCGGCAAGCGAGAAAAGCUGUGUCGAUCGACUCACAGUGAGAUAGAAAUGGCAGAGAGCUUGGAUGUAGCGCCUGAUGAUGCCAAUGGAAGUGCUGCAGUUCAGAUUGAACCUUCCCAUGAAGACGUCUUGUGCCAUGACCUUGACAGUAUGGCUUCUUUGUAUGAUGAAGUCAUUGCCGGGCUUAACAUUUCAAAGUUUAUGACUGACACAGUCAUGAUGGGGAUUUUAGCUGAUGUGCAGCAAGAAGCAGCUCGGCAGAUUGCUUCCAAGGAUGCAGAUAUAGCAUCACUGAACCAAAAGGUUCAGCAGCUCGAAAAUAGCAGCUUAAUUUUACAUGAGGGCCGGGAUAAAAGAUAUGAUGAAUUUUAUUAUCUUCGCGAGCAGCUUGAUACCAUUUCAAAGUCACUAUUGAGUUCUGAAUGGGGUUUCUUGGGAUCACAGCUUAACUCUGAAGGUUCAGAAGAUGCGAGCAAGCAGAGGAACAAGGAAAAAUUUAGAAAUGGUGUAGCAAAGAAAAUAUGUUCUGAAGAAGAGGUUUUUGCUGAUCCAAAACUGCUGAAGCACAUGGAUAAUGAUGCUUUGAUAGCCUAUUUUAAUAAAUCGAUGAAUGAGAUGAAAAGGCAGCAUGAUACAGUUGUGCAUGGGCAGACAGAAGAGAUAUUCAAACUAAAGCGCGACCUCCUGAAAAAAGAAGGACCUAAUCCUUGGCAUUUACGAAACAACAAAGAACUUGAGCACAUGAGGAAGAAAAUAGGGGAAGUCCUCUCAAAGUUGGAUGUGCUUCUCUUAGAGAAUAAAAGAACCUUUGUUCGCAGCAAGAUAGAUGCCUUCCCUGGUCAACAUGACAAGAACAAUGUAGUAGAUUCCGAUGUCAUGCAGCUACAAGGUGGUGCAACUAAUAACGAAGAACCUUGGUCUAUUCCAACUCAGGCUCCGCAUGUAGAGACAAAUCAUAAAAAGCAUAUUAUAAGGCUUGAAUCUGACAUUGAAGAUGCCAGCACUGCAGCCACCAUAAGAGAAGAGGUAGAAAAGAUUGUCAUGAAAGAGUUCUUUAGUGAAAUGAAAAUAAGAUUGCAUGGUUAUGAGAUGGAGCUUGAUAUGAAGCAUGAAGUUUGCUCAGUAAUUCAGAAUGAGGCUGUUGCUCAAGCAAUGUUUGAUUCUUUGUUGUUGGAGAAAAAGGGUUGUGCUGAAGAGGAAUCUAAACAGAAGCAAAAGAUUGAGAACUUGAAGCGAAUUGUGGAUUCUUUUACUGAAGUAGUCAGGAAAAAGGAGGAAUUUGUGUCACAGAUUGGAUUGAGGGCAAUGGAGGCUCGUGUGGGCUCUCUGUGCCAUGAAAUUGAUUUGCUAAGAGAAAAAGUGGGAAAGCAAGAUUCCUACAUAUCUGAAAAAAACAAGGAGUUUGAUAAUAUUAUGGGCAGGUUGGAGCAAGCUCAGCAGCAUGUUCAGAAUGAUGAUGCUAUUUUGAGUGAGUUGAAUGAUAGAUUCAGAACCGUUUCAGCCUCCCUAAAGGAGUUGGAGAAACAAAACCAAGUUCUGCAUACUAUCAUUGAAGAAAAAGAGAAGGGAUUGACAUCUGCUGUUUCCAAAGACAAGGAAUUGAAUGAAUUCAUGGAAAGUGUUGUUAAAUCUGUGAGAGGUUUUGAAAAAUUCAUGUCAGAUCAACUAACUGUUAUUGCAAAUAAAGUCCAGCACAAUGAAUCAAGGUUCUGUGUAUUAAAAGAACAAUGUAAACACCUUGUAAAAGAAGGCAAUCUUUUAAGGAAGAAGGCACUGCGAUACAAAGAGAUAUCUGAGACAAGAGGCUCUAAUCUUCAGAAAGCUGAGCUCGAGGUCGAUUUACUUGGUGAUGAGGUUGAGGCCUUAACAGAUCUUCUUGCAAAAGUUUACAUUGCACUCGACCACUAUUCUCCAGUCCUGCAACACUAUACUGGUGUUAUGGAGACCUUGACCAUGAUUAAGAAACAUAUUAGCAUGGCAAAUUGAAAUGCUUCUACCUGUUAACACCAGGUAGUCAAUGUUAACUAUAACCGUGGCAUUGUUGGCUUGACAUCGUACUUCCAGCAGUUUGAGAUAACCUUUGUAGAAGGUUGAUAGCUUUUCCAACUCAAGGACUAGGUGAUGCAGAGUGGCUUGCUCCGUUUUGUAGGCUAGUCUUGGUAGCCUUUUACCACUUUGUAAAUGAUCCAACCUUAGCUGUUAGUUGUGUUUGGCUUUUGGUUGUCACCCGUUAUGCUCGGUUGCUAAGGUGAACUCUUGUAACAGUGACCUACUUGAAUGAGCAAGAGUUGUAAUGGAUUGAUGUUCCUCUUCCUCUUCCUGGUAACCUGAUGUAUGGCGUUCCCUUUUUUCUUUUUGCUCAGUGGCUGAAGAGUGAAGAUGCAUGUCGUUCACGUGUUAGUUUGACGGUCUGAUAGUAACCUGAUGAGAAAUUUGAGUUGAAAGACAUUGUUUGGAUUU